CAGAAGCGCCUUCACAGAAGCCUCUGAUCCACAGCAGCCCGGGACGCUCAGCGCGGAUACCGGAGAUCGGUCACCGUUUUGUUUUGUUCCGGGAGAUCUGCUGUUUUCUCAGAGGAGCUUUUAUUUUGAAAAACUAAGUUUUAUAUCGAUUAAUUUCUCCGGAAGAAGCCGCGUAAGCUCUGCAACUUAAACCUUUAAGCAAAGAAAAACAGAAAACACCCGGACACAAAAUGUUCGGGCUUUAACUCGGGUUAGUUAGAUUAGGUCAGCUGGUGAAACUCGUUCGCGCACCUACAGCCCAGCGACUAGAAAGUUGCUGAAAACAGAAGAAAAAACGGCCUCAAAAUACGGGAAACACAGGUGACCGAGGGCUCUCUGUUGUUGGAGAACAUGGAAGCAGCAAAAGCUGGGGGGGUAAUAGCCUACAUCAGCUCCUCGAGCUCAGCCUCCAGCCCGGAGUCGUGCCACAGCGACUGCUCCAACAGCAGCUACCAGUCGUCCUCCCCGCCCCGCGCCAGCUCGCCCGGCCGCCGCGAGGCCCAGCAGGGAGACGCCGCCGCCCACUCCCGGCCGCAGAGCCACGGCUCGGGGAAGACGCGCUCGCCCUCCGCCAACAAGUGUGGCAUCACGAAGAUCAGUGGCCUGGUGCUGCUGUGUAAAGUGUGUGGAGAUGUGGCUUCAGGAUUCCACUAUGGUGUCCAUGCCUGCGAAGGCUGCAAGGGCUUCUUCCGGAGGAGCAUCCAGCAGAACAUCCAGUACAAGAAGUGCCUUAAGAACGAGAACUGCCCCAUCAUGCGCAUCAACAGGAACCGAUGCCAGCAGUGCCGCUUCAAGAAGUGUCUGCUGGUCGGCAUGUCUAGAGAUGCUGUGCGUUUUGGCCGAAUCCCCAAGAGGGAGAAGCAGCGCAUGCUGCUGGAGAUGCAGAGUGCCAUGAACAACAUGAUGAACACCAGCCAGCUCCAAAGCCAUCUGCAUGGCAACCAGCCGCUGGCGCUUAGCAACGAGACCCUGUCCUCUCCGCCCAAGCCUGCCUCUGAGGACCCGGGCCCUUCCCCCGCCUCCUCCCCCCGAAGCAGCCAGUCCGAGUCCAGCACUGACCGUGAGCCCCUGGUCGCCAUGGAUACCAGCCUGAGCUCAGACUCCUCCAGCGCCACGGACAGCGGCGAGGAAGAGGUCGUCGGCACGGUGACCAGGGCCCACCAGGAGAACUUCAUGUAUAACCAGGAGCAGGCCGAGGCCCCCCGUUCCCCCACCGUCGCAGAGCGCAUCAGCGACGACAGCCGCCGCAUGGAGGAGACGCAGGAGGUCUGGAACCACUGCAACAACGUCGCCACGGUAACACGCCAGCUCCCUCCUUCGGACUUCGCCCCUCAGGGUCCUGAAGAAGGCGGUUCUCUCAGUCACUGCCCUGUUAGAGUGGCCAACAGCGCCCCCGGUGCUGGCCACUGCCCAGUCAGACUGCCCAGCAGUGACCACUGCUCUGCUCCUGUGAUUGGCCACUCGAUGCAGGGGGGGUACAAUGCCAAUGAAACACUAGCCAAUGGCAGCUAUAGUGGUCCAGUGUGGAGUGGAGGCAAUAGGAUGCACCUGGUGUGUCCCAUGAACACUUCGCCCUAUGUGGACCCUCGUAAGUCAGGCCACACCAUCUGGGAGGAGUUCUCCAUGAGCUUCACUCCGGCCGUCAGGGAGGUGGUGGAGUUUGCCAAGCGCAUUCCGGGCUUCAGGGAGCUCUCCCAGCACGACCAGGUCAGCCUGCUGAAGGCUGGAACAUUCGAGGUGCUGGUGGUGCGCUUUGCGUCCUUGUUCGACAUGAAGGACCGCACAGUGACCUUUCUGAGCGGGCAGAAGUACAGCGUGGAUGUGCUUCGCUCCAUGGGUGCUGGAGACCUGCUCAACUCCAUGUUCGACUUCAGCGAGAAGCUGAGUGCGCUGCACCUCAGCGAGGAGGAGAUGAGCCUCUUCACCGCCGUCGUGCUCGUGUCUGCAGACCGCUCGGGCCUGGAGAACGUGAACUCCGUGGAAGCUCUCCAGGAGACCCUGAUCCGCGCGCUGCGCAGCCUCAUCACCAAGAACCACCCCAACGAGAUCGCCAUCUUCACCAAGCUGCUGCUCAAGCUGCCUGACCUGCGCUCCCUCAACAACAUGCAUUCGGAGCAGCUCCUGGCCUUCAAGGUCCACCCGUGAGCUCUCGGAAACCUCCUCCUUCUCCUCCUCCUACUCCCCUUAACAUUUAACUAUGGACCAUGCUCCCCUCUCGCCUCCAGAAACUCUAGGCCCCGCCCUUUAGCACCACAACAAAGCGAGGGGGCUCAACCAAAGCCCCGUGAGGACGGAGGGGCCGAUACGGAGGCAGAGGGGAGCAGCACCUUGAGUCGUCGUACUGUAAGCCAAUAAGGACUUGUGUGUUGUGAUAAUGUGUGCAGACUGAAACUGGGGCUUCGAACUGACGAGCAGUCGUCAGGUUUAGGUCAGGGGGCUGCGCUCUUUUUGCCCUUUUGGAGGCCCCUACUUAGAGUCAUACUGUUUAACUGUUUGUGCAAUAUGUGACCAAUGUUGAUUGUCCUUUUUUUUUCUUUUGGUCUUUUUAUGGUUUCAGCGUCUGUGGACGCAGGCGCCAGGUGAGAGCGUGCGCUGCCUGACCGAAACCUUUCACCUUUUUGUUUUUAAAUUUAGAGGAGGGCGGCAGCAGGAUAUCUCCAUCCCUCCUCGCUUAAGCUAAAUAAAGGUAAAGGAAAGCUAGGAAGAGGAGCUUGGUUUGAACUCCUCUCUAAUAUAAAAAACAACUAAAGUACCAGAGGAAUGUGGAAGAAGCUGCUAAUCAAAGCUUUCCAGCGUGACGGUGCUGCGCCCCUCUCUUCCAGCGCGGAAAGAGAUGAGAACGGCUAAAAAAAAAAAAAAAAUUAUAUAUAUAUAUAUA